CUUCCCCAGACCUCACCUCCGUCGCCGCACGCCGCGAUGUCUGCACCUGAAAAGGGCGAUUCGGGCUCCGCGCUCGACGAGAAGCACUCCGCCGACGCCGUCGUCGCACCGGGCGUCGGUGAGCACUACGAUCCGGAUGCCAUCGUCCCCGGAUCGGAGGGCGUCACCUACCAUGAAAUGGACACCCUCCGCCACGUCUCCGACAAGAUCAACAUCGCGUCGUUCUUGGUCAUCAUCGUCGAGUUCUCCGAGCGGUGGUCGUACUACGGCACGAUCAACGUCCUCAACAAUUACAUUCGUGCGCCCUUGCCCCCAGGCUCGACGGAUGGCUCCGUAUUGCCCGAGAACCGCGCAAAUGGCAUUGCAGGAGCUCUUGGAAAGGGCCAGCAGGUUUCCUUCUCCAUCCGCACGUUCAACAGCUUCUGGUUCUACAUCACCCCCUGGAUCGGCGGUAUCAUCGCAGACUGUUGGCUCGGUCGUUACUACACGAUCAUGCUCUUCGUCUUCGUCUACCUGGUUGGCCACAUCAUCCUCGUCGUUAGCGCAACGCCACAUGUGUUGGCGUCGCCUGAUACUUCAAUGGGCCUGCUAGUGCUCGCUAUCAUUAUCAUGGGUAUUGGAGGUGGUGCCAUCAAGGCCAAUGUCAGCCCAAUGAUCGCGGAGCAAUACACCGGCAAGAUGAGGAAAAAGACGUUGAAGUCGGGCGAGGUGGUCGUCGUAUCCCCCGCUGUGACGUACCAGCGCAUCUACAACUGGUUCUACGCAUCCAUUAACUGGGGCUCCGCCGGUGCUAUCUCGGCGUCCUUCCUCGCGCGCGACCAUGGGUUUUGGACAGCGUUCCUCGUGCCGACCUGCAUCCUUUGCCUCGUCCCCGUCGUUCUGGCUGCCGGCCGCAAGACCUACGUGGUUACCCCGCCCCGUGGCUCUAUCCUUCUGGAGACGCUGCGUGUGAUCAAGAUGUGCCUUGGCAAGAAGAUGUCCUGGAACCUUGCGCGCACAUUCCGUGACAUCCGUCAGCCAGGCUUCUGGGACCCCGCGAAGCCCAGCUCGUAUGAGCAAGGCAAGGUUCCCAGCAACAUCACCUGGGAUGACCAGUUCGUGGACGAGGUCGACCGUACGGUCAAGGCCUGCCAGGUGUUCUGCGCGCUGCCAUUCUUCUACCUCUGCUACUCGCAGAUCGACGGCAACUUGUCAACCGUGGCUGCUGGCAUGACGCUCAACGGUACCCCGAACGAUCUCAUUCAGAACUUGAACCCGAUUGUCAUCGUGACGAUGGUUCCGAUUCUGGAUCUGUUGUUCUACCCGACUUUGCGCCGCUUCAAGAUCAACUUCACGCCGAUCAAGCGUAUAACGACCGGUUUCAUGAUCGCCUCACUGGGCAUGUUGUACGCUGCCAUCCUCAUGAAGUUCAUCUAUGAGCGCUCGCCUUGCCACGACAACCUCCCAUCGGAGUGCACGGAUGCGGACGGCAACCCGAACCCUGCUCCGCUGAACGUUUGGAUCGUCUCCGGCCCCUACAUUCUCGUUGGUAUCUCCGAGCUCUUUGCUACCCUGGUUUCCAACGAAUACGCCUACACGAAGUCCCCGAAGCGCAUGAAGUCGACCGUCAUGGCCUUCUCCCUCUUCAUGUCCGCCGUCUCCGCUCUCCUCAACCUCGCGCUCACCGCGGUGAACGUCGAGAACAAGUUCACGUGGCUAUUCGGCUCCUUCGCCGUCAUCGCCUUCAUCGUCGGCAUCCUCUUCUUCAUCGGCUUCCGCAAGCUCGACCAGGAGGAGCAGCGCCUGAACGUUGUCGGUCUCGGCGAUCGCCAGGGCUUCGCAGGCGAGUCUGCCGACGUCACGACGGCGACGCACCACCAUGGCGAGGAGAAGCUGGGCGCGGGCGCGGUGAAGUUGACUGUGUUAUGAGCGGCAUGACGGGCAUGUGGAUUGGGAUUGGGUUUGUGUACUGUAUAUUCGUCUUGUUAUUUGCAGGAUCUAGGGCUGUAUAACCCGCAAUAGUAGUCAUCUCAUCAUCGCA